AGUUGGAAGGAAUACACGACUCUGGCACCGUCCCAGCGUGUUUUUGACAGUAAUCACAGCAGCCCCCCAACCGCAAUUGCCCACGCAGCAACAACAACAGCCACACACGCACUAAUGGCGGAUCCGCAAUCGACAGCGGUGGUGUCAACCGCCAUGGUGGGGCUCCUGUCGGGCUUCCUCCUCGGCGUCUACUCGGUGCGCGGCUACCUGAUCUCGCCGUCGCUGGCCGAGGAGCGGCGCGCCAACCUCGCCGACCCGCUAGAGAGCGAAGAGUCGGACGUCGACGAGGGCGACACGGUCCUCGACCACGCCCCGAACUGGGCCAACGGCGAGGAGGCGGACCGGCGGCAGGGCUUGCGCGCCGAGGCCGGUGCCGGUGCCAGUGCUAAGGAUUCUAAGAAGAAAAAGGCCGCCAAGGCCGUCGCCGCCGAGCCCAAGGGCAACGAGGAGUGCAAGCUUGUGCUGGUGGUGCGGACGGACCUGGGUAUGACCAAGGGCAAGAUCGCGGCACAGUGCGGACACGCGACGCUGGCGUGCUACAAGACGCUGUCGCGAGCGGCGCAAAAAGAUGCGCAGUCGGCCGAGGCGCGGCUGCUGCGGCGGUGGGAGCGGACGGGCCAGGCCAAGAUCGCACUCCAGAUCAAGGGCGAGGACGAGCUGCUAGAGCUAAUGGCGCAGGCGCGCAGCCUGGGCGUGACGGCCGAGGUGAUCCAGGACGCCGGGCGCACGCAGAUCGACGCCGGCAGCCGCACCGUGCUAGGCGUCGGGCCCGCGCCCAAGAGCGAGGUCGACAAGAUCACGGGGCACCUCAAGCUGCUGUAGAAGAGGGGCAUGGCAUGGGAUCUAAAAAAAUAGAAGAGAAAAAGGAAAAGAGUAGAAUGAUUCAAGAGCAGCUGCCUUGCUGUCUUAUGCCUUCGCGCAGGGAAAACAGCCUCCAGGUCAGGGGUUGAUAAACGAGGCGACUGGAGGAUGUGGGUUUAUCUCUCUGUCUAUUGCAUAUCGCAUAUUUGCUCAG